AUGGAGCGAGCAGCACGCAGGGGAGACAGUGCGUCUGGGCGGUCGGAAUCGCGCGCCGCGGUGCGCCGUCGCCCGCGCGUCCGUCCGGGCGGGAGACGCACCGGUCCUGUGCUCCAUGACGAAUUUCGGGAACGCUUCGUCCACGCCCGCGAGCAGCUCGCCGGCCCCGCGCAGCUCCCCCGUCUCCGCAUCGAAGGGCGAGGCGCCCAGGAGCAGCGGCGUCAUCAGCAGGAGCACGCCGGGCUCCGUUUGCAGCGCACGCAGCAGCAGCUGCAGGAACGGCGACACGUAGACGUGCAGCGCCAUGUCCUCCGUCCACUGCAUCGGCUGGUCGUUGAUGAGCGCGACGAUGGCCUUCGCGAGGUCCAGAAGCGGGCCCGGCAGCUGCGGCGGGCGCUGCGCGUCAGGAGCACCGGCGCCGCGCUGGUGAGCGUGGGGCGCGGGGCUGCGGCGUGA